AUGAAGGUCAACGAACAGCUGAGGAAGAAACUACAUCAGAAAAGGAAGCAAAUCGAGAAACUCAGAUUAGUCAGAAAGACAAAGAAAAUAACACACAGAAUUACCAAGGUUCACGAGAAGAAAAGAAUGCAACCAAUCUUGAAACAAGUGAACAAAUGUAAGGCAGAACUGAGAAGGAAAGCAGUUGUCAGGCAUCUUAUAACGAAACAAAAGAAGGGAGAGCCAGUGACUCACAAAAUCAAGACUAUCAAACGUCUCAUAAGGAAGAAUGUCCAGAGAAAACUGAAGUUAAAACGAAAGAUAAUCCACAAAAUCUCACAUCCGAUACACUUGAUUAAAGUUAUCAAGCACCUGAAGAGGAAACUACAGAAACACACACUGGUCCACCAUAUUUCAAAGAAGGUUUCUCAUUUGAAGGCAAUUGUCAGGCAUCUUAUAACGAAACAAAAGAAGGGAAAGCCAGUUACUCACAAACUCAAGAUGAUCAAACGUCUCAUCAGGAAGACUGUCCAAAGAAAGCUGAAGUUAAAACGCAAGAUAAUCCACAAAAUCUCACAUCGGGUACAUUUGAUGAAGGUCAUCGAACAGCUGAGGAAAAAACUGCACAAGAAAACGAAGCAAAUUAAGAAACUUAGAUUUGUCAAAAAAACAAAGAAAAUAACACACAGAAUUACAAAGGUUCACAAGAAGAAAAGAAUACAACCAGUCUUGGAACAGGCAGUUGUCAGGCAUCUUAUAAGGAAACAAAAGAAAGGGAAGCCAGUUACUCACAAAAUCAAGACGAUCAAACGUCUCAUAAGGAAGAAUGUCCAGAGAAAACUGAAGUUAAAACGAAAGAUAAUCCACAAAAUCUCACAGCGCGUACAAUUGAUGAAGGUCAACGAACAGCUGAGGAAGAAACUGCACAAGAAAACGAAGCAAAUCGAGAAACUUAGAUUAGUCAGAAAGACAAAGAAAAUAACACACAGAAUUACCAAGGUUCACGAGAAGAAAAGAAUGCAACCAAUCUUGAAACAAGUGAACAAAUGUAAAGCAGAACUGAGAAGGAAAGUCAUCGAACAGCAAAGGAAAAUACUGCACAAGAAGUCAAAGCAAAUCAAGAAACUUAGGUUAGUCCUAAAGUCAAAGAAAAUAACAUCCAGAGUCACGAAGGUUCACCAGAAGAAAAGAAUACAACCAAUCUUGAAACAGGUGAACAAAUGCAGUUGUCAGGCAUCUUAUAACGAAACAAAAGAAAGGGAAGCCAGUUACUCACCAAAUCAAGAUGAUCAAACGCCUCAUAAGGAAGACUGUCCAGAGAAAGCUGAAGUUAAAACGAAAGAUAAUCCACAAAAUUUCACAUCGGGUAAAUUUGAUGAAGGUUAUCAAACAGCUGAGAAAGACACUGCACAAGAAAACGAAGCAAAUCAAGAAAUUAAGAUUAGUCAGAAAGACAAAGAAAAUAACACACGGAAUUACAAAGGUUCACAACAAGAAAAGAAUGCAACCAAUCUUGAAACAGGUGAACAAAUGAAGACUGUCCAGAGAAAGCUGAAGUUAAAACGAAAGAUAAUCCACAAAAUCUCACAGCGCGUACAAUUGAUGAAGGUCAACGAACAGCUGAGGAAGAAACUGCAUAAGAAAAGGAAGCAAAUCGAGAAACUCAGAUUAGUCAGAAAGACAAAGAAAAUAACACACGGAAUUACAAAGGUUCACAACAAGAAAAGAAUGCAACCAAUCUUGAAACAAGUGAACAAAUGUAAAGCAGAACUGAGAAGGAAAGCAGUUGUCAGGCAUCUUAUAACGAAACAAAAGAAAGGGAAGCCAGUUACUCACAAAAUCAAGACGAUCAAACGUCUCAUAAGGAAGAAUGUCCAGAGAAAGCUGAAGUUAAAACGAAAGAUAAUCCACAAAAUCUCACAGCGCGUACAAUUGAUGAAGGUCAACGAACAGCUGAGGAAGAAACUGCACAAGAAAACGAAGCAAAUCGAGAAACUUAGAUUAGUCAGAAAGACAAAGAAAAUAACACACAGAAUUACCAAGGUUCACGAGAAGAAAAGAAUGCAACCAAUCUUGAAACAAGUGAACAAAUGUAAAGCAGAACUGAGAAGGAAAGCAGUUGUCAGGCAUCUUAUAACGAAACAAAAGAAAGGGAAGCCAGUUACUCACAAAAUCAAGACGAUCAAACGUCUCAUAAGGAAGAAUGUCCAGAGAAAACUGAAGUUAAAACGAAAGAUAAUCCACAAAAUCUCACAGCGCGUACAAUUGAUGAAGGUUAUCAAACAGCUGAGAAAGACACUGCACAAGAAAACGAAGCAAAUCAAGAAAUUAAGAUUAGUCAGAAAGACAAAGAAAAUAACACACGGAAUUACAAAGGUUCACAACAAGAAAAGAAUGCAACCAAUCUUGAAACAGGUGAACAAAUGUAAGGCACAACUGAGAAGGAAGGCAGUUGUUAGGAACCUUAUAACGAAACAAAAGAAGGGAAAGCCAGUUACUCACCAAAUCAAGACGAUCAAACGUCUCAUCAGGAAGACUGUCCAAAGAAAGCUGAAGUUAAAACGCAAGAUAAUCCACAAAAUCUCACAUCGGGUACAUUUGAUGAAGGUCAUCGAACAGCUGAGGAAGAAACUGCACAAGAAAACGAAGCAAAUUAAGAAACUUAGAUUUGUCAAAAAGACAAAGAGAAUAACACACAGAGUCACGAAGGUUCACCAGAAGAAAAGAAUACAACCAAUCUUGAAACAGGCGAACAAAUGUAAGGCAGAACUGAGAAGGAAAGCAGUUGUCAGGCAUCUUAUAACGAAACAAAAGAAAGGGAAGCCAGUUACUCACAAAAUCAAGACGAUCAAACGUCUCAUAAGGAAGUAUGUCCAGAGAAAGCUGAAGUUAAAGCGAAAGAUAAUCCACAAAAUUUCACAUCGCGUACAAUUGAUGAAGGUCAACGAACAGCUGAGGAAGAAACUGCACAAGAAAACGAAGCAAAUCGAGAAACUUAGAUUAGUUACAAAGACAAAGAAAAUAACACACAGAAUUACCAAGGUUCACGAGAAGAAAAGAAUGCAACCAAUCUUGAAACAAGUGAACAAAUGUAAAGCAGAACUGAGAAGGAAAGUGAGGUUGAUCAAGACAAUUAAAACAAAGAAAGUCCUCAAAGUUUCACAUCAGAGACAUUUGAUGAAAGUUAUCAAGCACCUUAAGAGGAAACUACAGAAGCACACAGUGGUCCACCAUAUUUCAAAGAAGGUUUCUCAUUUGAAGGCAGUUGUCAGGCACCUUAUAACGAAACAAAAGAAGGGAAAGCCAGUUACUCACCAAAUCAAGACGAUCAAACGUCUCAUCAAGAAGACUGUCCAAAGAAAGCUGAAGUUAAAACGCAAGAUAAUCCACAAAAUCUCACAUCGGGUACAUUUGAUGAAGGUCAUCGAACAGCUGAGGAAGAAACUGCACAAGAAAACGAAGCAAAUUAAGAAACUUAGAUUUGUCAAAAAGACAAAGAAAAUAACACACAGAGUCACGAAGGUUCACCAGAAGAAAAGAAUACAACCAAUCUUGAAACAGGUGAACAAAUGUAAGGCAGAACUGAGAAGGAAAGUGGGGUUGAUAAAGACAAUGAAAACAAAGAAAGUCCUUAAAGUUUCACAUCAGAGACAUUUGAUGAAAGUUAUCAGGCACCUGAAGAGGAAACUACAGAAGCACACAGUGGUCCACCAUAUUUCAAAGAAGGUUUCUCAUUUGAAGGCAGUUGUCAGGCACCUUAUAACGAAACAAAAGAAGGGAAAGCCAGUUACUCACCAAAUCAAGACGAUCAAACGUCUUAUCAGGAAGACUGUCCAGAGAAAGCUAAAGUUAAAACGAAAGAUAAUCCACAAAAUUUCACAUCGGGUAAAUUUGUUGAAGGUCAUCGAACAGCAAAGGAAGAAACUGCACAAGAAAUCAAAGCAAAUCAAGAAACUUAGGUUAGUCCUAAAGUCAAAGAAAAUAACAUCCAGAGUCACGAAGGUUCACCAGAAGAAAAGAAUACAACCAAUCUUGAAACAGGUGAACAAAUGUAAGGCAGAACUGAGAAGGAAAGUGGGGUUGAUAAAGACAAUGAAAACAAAGAAAGUCCUUAAAAUUUCACAUCAGAGACAUUUGAUGAAAGUUAUCAAGCACCUGAAGAGGAAACUACAGAAACACACACUGGUCCACCAUAUUUCAAAGAAGGUUUCUCAUUUGAAGGCAGUUGUCAGGCAUCUUAUAACGAAACAAAAGAAAGGGAAGCCAGUUACUCACCAAAUCAAGAUGAUCAAACGUCUCAUAAGGAAGACUGUCCAGAGAAAGCUGAAGUUAAAACGAAAGACAAUCCACAAAAUUUCACAUCGGGUAAAUUUGAUGAAGGUUAUCAAACAGCUGAGAAAGACACUGCACAAGAAAACGAAGCAAAUCAAGAAAUUAAGAUUAGUCAGAAAGACAAAGAAAAUAACACACGGAAUUACAAAGGUUCACAACAAGAAAAGAAUGCAACCAAUCUUGAAACAGGUGAACAAAUGUAAGGCAGAACUGAGAAGGAAGGUGAGGUUGAUAAAGACAAUGAAAACAAAGAAAGUCCUUAAAGUUUCACAUCAGAGACAUCUGAUGAAAGUUAUCAAGCACCUGGAGAGGAAACUACAGAAACACACAGUGGUCCACCAUAUUUCAAAGAAGGUUUCUCAUUUGAAGGCAGUUGUUAGGCAUCUUAUAACGAAACAAAAGAAAGGGAAGCCAGUUACUCACAAAAUCAAGACGAUCAAACGUCUCAUAAGGAAGACUGUCCAGAGAAAGCUGAAGUUAAAACGCAAGAUAAUCCACAAAAUUUCACAUCGGGUACAUUUGAUGAAGGUCAUCGAACAGCAAAGGAAGAAACUGCACAAGAAAACGAAGCAAAUCAAGAAACUUAGGUUAGUCCUAAAGUCAAAGAAAAUAACAUCCAGAGUCACGAAGGUUCACCAGAAGAAAAGAAUACAACCAAUCUUGAAACAGGUGAACAAAUGUAAGGCAGAACUGAGAAGGAAAGUGGGGUUGAUAAAGACAAUGAAAACAAAGAAAGUCCUUAAAGUUUCACAUCAGAGACAUUUGAUGAAAGUUAUCAAGCACCUGAAGAGGAAACUACAGAAACACACAGUGGUCCACCAUAUUUCAAAGAAGGUUUCUCAUUUGAAGGCAGUUGUCAGGCAUCUUAUAACGAAACAAAAGAAAGGGAAGCCAGUUACUCACAAAAUCAAGACGAUCAAACGUCUCAUAAGGAAGAAUGUCCAGAGAAAACUGAAGUUAAAACGAAAGAUAAUCCACAAAAUCUCACAGCGCGUACAAUUGAUGAAGGUCAACGAACAGCUGAGGAAGAAACUGCACAAGAAAACGAAGCAAAUCGAGAAACUUAGAUUAGUCAGAAAGACAAAGAAAAUAACACACAGAAUUACCAAGGUUCACGAGAAGAAAAGAAUGCAACCAAUCUUGAAACAAGUGAACAAAUGUAAGGCAGAACUGAGAAGGAAAGUGAGGUUGAUAAAGACAUUUAAAACAAAGAAAGUCCUUAAAGUUUCACAUCAGAGACAUUUGAUGAAAGUUAUCAAGCACCUGAAGAGGAAACUACAGAAGCACACAGUGGUCCACCAUAUAUCAAAGAAGGUUUCUCAUUUGAAGGCAGUUGUCAGGCACCUUAAAACGAAACAAAAGAAGGGAAAGCCAGUUACUCACCAAAUCAAGACGAUCAAACGUCUCAUCAGGAAGACUGUCCAAAGAAAGCUGAAGUUAAAACGCAAGAUAAUCCACAAAAUCUCACAUCGGGUACAUUUGAUGAAGGUCAUCGAACAGCUGAGGAAGAAACUGCACAAGAAAACGAAGCAAAUUAAGAAACUUAGAUUUGUCAAAAAGACAAAGAAAAUAACACACAGAGUCACAAAGGUUCACCAGAAGAAAAGAAUACAACCAAUCUUGAAACAGGUGAACAAAUGUAAGGCAGAACUGAGAAGGAAAGUGGGGUUGAUAAAGACAAUGAAAACAAAGAAAGUCCUUAAAGUUUCACAUCAGAGACAUUUGAUGAAAGUUAUCAAGCACCUGAUGAGGAAACUACAGAAACACACAGUGGUCCACCAUAUUUCAAAGAAGGUUUCUCAUUUGAAGGCAGUUGUCAGGCAUCUUAUAACGAAACAAAAGAAAGGGAAGCCAGUUACUCACAAAAUCAAGACGAUCAAACGUCUCAUAAGGAAGAAUGUCCAGAGAAAACUGAAGUUAAAACGAAAGAUAAUCCACAAAAUUUCACAGCGCGUACAAUUGAUGAAGGUCAACGAACAGCUGAGGAAGAAACUGCAUCAGAAAAGGAAGCAAAUCGAGAAACUGAGAUUAGUUAGAAAGACAAAGAAAAUAACACACAGAAUUACCAAGGUUCACGAGAAGAAAAGAAUGCAACCAAUCUUGAAACAAGUGAACAAAUGUGAGGCAGAACUGAGAAGGAAAGUGAGGUUGAUAAAGACAAUUAAAACAAAGAAAGUCCUUAAAGUUUCACAUCAGAGACAUUUGAUGAAAGUUAUCAAGCACCUGAAGAGGAAACUACAGAAGCACACAGUGGUCCACCAUAUAUCAAAGAAGGUUUCUCAUUUGAAGGCAGUUGUCAGGCACCUUAUAACGAAACAAAAGAAGGGAAAGCCAGUUACUCACCAAAUCAAGACGAUCAAACAUCUCAUCAGGAAGACUGUCCAAAGAAAGCUGAAGUUAAAACGCAAGAUAAUCCACAAAAUCUCACAUCGGGUACAUUUGAUGAAGGUCAUCGAACAGCUGAGGAAGAAACUGCACAAGAAAACGAAGCAAAUUAAGAAACUUAGAUUUGUCAAAAAGACAAAGAAAAUAACACACAGAGUCACAAAGGUUCACCAGAAGAAAAGAAUACAACCAAUCUUGAAACAGGUGAACAAAUGUAAGGCAGAACUGAGAAGGAAAGUGGGGUUGAUAAAGACAAUGAAAACAAAGAAAGUCCUUAAAGUUUCACAUCAGAGACAUUUGAUGAAAGUUAUCAAGCACCUGAAGAGGAAACUACAGAAACACACAGUGGCCCACCAUAUUUCAAAGAAGGUUUCUCAUUUGAAGGCAGUUGUCAGGCACCUUAUAACGAAACAAAAGAAGGGAGAGCCAGUGACUCAAAAAAUCAAAACUAUCAAACGUCUCAUCAGGAAGACUGUCCAAAGAAAGCUGAAGUUAAAACGCAAGAUAAUCCACAAAAUCUCACAUCGGGUACAUUUGAUGAAGGUGAUUGAACAGCAGAGGAAGAAACUACAAAAGAAAACAAAGCAAAUCAAGAAACUAAGGUUAGUCCUAAAAACAAAGAAAAUAACACACAGAGUCACGAAGGUUCACCAGAAGAAAAGAAUACAACCAAUCUUGAAACAGGUGAAGAAAUGUAAGGCAGAACUGAGAAGGAAAGUGAGGUUGAUCAAGACAAUUAAAACAAAGAAAGUCCUCAAAGUUUCACAUCAGAGACAUUUGAUGAAAGUUAUCAAGCACCUGAUGAGGAAACUACAGAAACACACAGUGGCCCACCAUAUUUCAAAGCAGGUUUCUCAUUUGAAGGCACUUGUCAGGCAUCUUAUAACGAAACAAAAGAAGGGAGAGCCAGUGACUCACAAAAUCAAGACUAUCAAACGUCUCAUCAGGAAGACUGUCCAAAGAAAGCUGAAGUUAAAACGCAAGAUAAUCCACAAUAUCUCACAUCCGAUACACUUGAUUAAAGUUAUCAAGCACCUGAAGAGGAAACAACAGAAACACACACUGGUCCACCAUAUUUCAAAGAAGGUUUCUCAUUUGAAGGCAGUUGUCAGGCAUCUUAUAACGAAACAAAAGAAAGGGAAGCCAGUUACUCACAAACUCAAGAUGAUCAAACGUCUCAUCAGGAAGACUGUCCAGAGAAAGCUGCAGUUAAAACGCAAGAUAAUCCACAAAAUCUCACAUCGGGUACAUUUGAUGAAGGUCAUCGAACAGCUGAGGAAGAAACUGCACAAGAAAACGAAGCAAAUCGAGAAACUUAGAUUAGUCAGAAAGACAAAGAAAAUAACACACAGAAUUACCAAGGUUCACGAGAAGAAAAGAAUGCAACCAAUCUUGAAACAAGUGAACAAAUGUAAGGCAGAACUGAGAAGGAAAGUGAGGUUGAUAAAGACAAUUAAAACAAAGAAAGUCCUUAAAGUUUCACAUCAGAGACAUUUGAUGAAAGUUAUCAAGCACCUGAAGAGGAAACUACAGAAACACACAGUGGUCCACCAUAUUUCAAAGAAGGUUUCUCAUUUGAAGGCAGUUGUCAGGCACCUUAUAACGAAACAAAAGAAGGGAAAGCCAGUUACUCACCAAAUCAAGACGAUCAAACGUCUCAUCAGGAAGACUGUCCAAAGAAAGCUGAAGUUAAAACGCAAGAUAAUCCACAAAAUCUCACAUCGGGUACAUUUGAUGAAGGUCAUCGAACAGCUGAGGAAGAAACUGCACAAGAAAACGAAGCAAAUUAAGAAACUUAGAUUUGUCAAAAAGACAAAGAAAAAAACACACAGAGUCACGAAGGUUCACCAGAAGAAAAGAAUACAACCAAUCUUGAAACAGGUGAAGAAAUGUAAGGCAGAACUGAGAAGGAAAGUGGGGUUGAUAAAGACAAUGAAAACAAAGAAAGUCCUUAAAGUUUCACAUCAGAGACAUUUGAUGAAAGUUAUCAAGCACCUGAAGAGGAAACUACAGAAGCACACAGUGGUCCACCAUAUUUCAAAGAAGGUUUCUCAUUUGAAGGCAGUUGUCAGGCACCUUAUAACGAAACAAAAGAAGGGAGAGCCAGUGACUCACAAAAUCAAAACUAUCAAACGUCUCAUCAGGAAGACUGUCCUAAGAAAGCUGAAGUUAAAACGCAAGAUAAUCCACAAAAUCUCACAUCGGGUACAUUUGAUGAAGGUCAUUGAACAGCAGAGGAAGAAACUACAAAAGAAAACAAAGCAAAUCAAGAAACUAAGGUUAGUCCUUAAGUCAAAGAAAAUAACACACAGAGUCACGAAGGUUCACCAGAAGAAAAGAAUACAACCAAUCUUGAAACAGGUGAACAAAUGUAAGGCAGAACUGAGAAGGAAAGUGGGGUUGAUAAAGACAAUGAAAACAAAGAAAGUCCUUAAAGUUUCAUAUCAGAGACAUUUGAUGAAAAUUAUCAAGCACCUGAAGAGGAAACUACAGAAACACACACUGGUCCACCAUAUUUCAAAGCAGGUUUCUCAUUUGAAGGCAGUUGUCAGGCAUCUUAUAACGAAACAAAAGAAGGGAGAGCCAGUGACUCACAAAAUCAAGACUAUCAAACGUCUCAUCAGGAAGACUGUCCAAAGAAAACUGAAGUUAAAACGCAAGAUAAUCCACAAAAUCUCACAUCGGGUACAUUUGAUGAAGGUCAUCGAACAGCUGAGGAAAAAACUGCACAAGAAAACGAAGCAAAUUAAGAAACUUAGAUUUGUCAAAAAGACAAAGAAAAUAACACACAGAAUUACAAAGGUUCACAAGAAGAAAAGAAUACAACCAGUUUUGGAACAGGUGAACAAAUGUAAGGCAGAACUGAGAAGGAAAGUGGGGUUGAUAAAGACAAUGAAAACAAAGAAAGUCCUUAAAGUUUCACAUCAGAGACAUUUGAUGAAAGUUAUCAAGCACCUAAAGAGGAAACUACAGAAACACACACUGGUCCACCAUAUUUCAAAGAAGGUUUCUCAUUUGAAGGCAGUUGUCAGGCAUCUUAUAACGAAACAAAAGAAAGGGAAGCCAGUUACUCACAAAAUCAAGACGAUCAAACGUCUCAUAAGGAAGUAUGUCCAGAGAAAACUGAAGUUAAAACGAAAGAUAAUCCACAAAAUCUCACAGCGCGUACAAUUGAUGAAGGUCAACGAACAGCUGAGGAAGAAACUGCACAAGAAAACGAAGCAAAUCGAGAAACUUAGAUUAGUUAGAAAGACAAAGAAAAUAACACACAGAAUUACCAAGGUUCACGAGAAGAAAAGAAUGCAACCAAUCUUGAAACAAGUGAACAAAUGUAAAGCAGAACUGAGAAGGAAAGUGAGGUUGAUAAAGACAAUUAAAACAAAGAAAGUCCUCAAAGUUUCACAUCAGAGACAUUUGAUGAAAGUUAUCAAGCACCUUAAGAGGAAACUACAGAAGCACACAGUGGUCCACCAUAUUUCAAAGAAGGUUUCUCAUUUGAAGGCAGUUGUCAGGCACCUUAUAACGAAACAAAAGAAGGGAAAGCCAGUUACUCACCAAAUCAAGACGAUCAAACGUCUCAUCAAGAAGACUGUCCAAAGAAAGCUGAAGUUAAAACGCAAGAUAAUCCACAAAAUCUCACAUCGGGUACAUUUGAUGAAGGUCAUCGAACAGCAAAGGAAGAAACUGCACAAGAAAUCAAAGCAAAUCAAGAAACUUAGGUUAGUCCUAAAGUCAAAGAAAAUAACAUCCAGAGUCACGAAGGUUCACCAGAAGAAAAGAAUACAACCAAUCUUGAAACAGGUGAACAAAUGUAAGGCAGAACUGAGAAGGAAAGUGGGGUUGAUAAAGACAAUGAAAACAAAGAAAGUCCUUAAAAUUUCACAUCAGAGACAUUUGAUGAAAGUUAUCAAGCACCUGAAGAGGAAACUACAGAAACACACACUGGUCCACCAUAUUUCAAAGAAGGUUUCUCAUUUGAAGGCAGUUGUCAGGCAUCUUAUAACGAAACAAAAGAAAGGGAAGCCAGUUACUCACCAAAUCAAGAUGAUCAAACGUCUCAUAAGGAAGACUGUCCAGAGAAAGCUGAAGUUAAAACGAAAGACAAUCCACAAAAUUUCACAUCGGGUAAAUUUGAUGAAGGUUAUCAAACAGCUGAGAAAGACACUGCACAAGAAAACGAAGCAAAUCAAGAAAUUAAGAUUAGUCAGAAAGACAAAGAAAAUAACACACGGAAUUACAAAGGUUCACAACAAGAAAAGAAUGCAACCAAUCUUGAAACAGGUGAACAAAUGUAAGGCAGAACUGAGAAGGAAGGUGGGGUUGAUAAAGACAAUGAAAACAAAGAAAGUCCUUAAAGUUUCACAUCAGAGACAUUUGAUGAAAGUUAUCAAGCACCUGAAGAGGAAACUACAGAAACACACAGUGGUCCACCAUAUUUCAAAGAAGGUUUCUCAUUUGAAGGCAGUUGUCAGGCAUCUUAUAACGAAACAAAAGAAAGGGAAGCCAGUUACUCACAAAAUCAAGACGAUCAAACGUCUCAUAAGGAAGAAUGUCCAGAGAAAACUGAAGUUAAAACGAAAGAUAAUCCACAAAAUCUCACAGCGCGUACAAUUGAUGAAGGUCAACGAACAGCUGAGGAAGAAACUGCACAAGAAAACGAAGCAAAUCGAGAAACUUAGAUUAGUCAGAAAGACAAAGAAAAUAACACACAGAAUUACCAAGGUUCACGAGAAGAAAAGAAUGCAACCAAUCUUGAAACAAGUGAACAAAUGUAAGGCAGAACUGAGAAGGAAAGUGAGGUUGAUAAAGACAUUUAAAACAAAGAAAGUCCUUAAAGUUUCACAUCAGAGACAUUUGAUGAAAGUUAUCAAGCACCUGAAGAGGAAACUACAGAAGCACACAGUGGUCCACCAUAUAUCAAAGAAGGUUUCUCAUUUGAAGGCAGUUGUCAGGCACCUUAAAACGAAACAAAAGAAGGGAAAGCCAGUUACUCACCAAAUCAAGACGAUCAAACGUCUCAUCAGGAAGACUGUCCAAAGAAAGCUGAAGUUAAAACGCAAGAUAAUCCACAAAAUCUCACAUCGGGUACAUUUGAUGAAGGUCAUCGAACAGCUGAGGAAGAAACUGGACAAGAAAACAAAGCAAAUCAAGAAACUAAGGUUAGUCCUUAAGUCAAAGAAAAUAACAUCCAGAGUCACGAAGGUUCACCAGAAGAAAAGAAUACAACCAAUCUCGAAACAGGUGAAGAAAUGUAAGGCAGAACUGAGAAGGAAAGUGGGGUUGAUAAAGACGAUGAAAACAAAGAAAGUCCUUAAAGUUACACAUCAGAGACAUUUGAUGAAAGUUAUCAAGCACCUGAAGAGGAAACUACAGAAACACACAAUGGUCCACCAUAUUUCAAAGAAGGUUUCUCAUUUGAAGGCAGUUGUCAGGCACCUUAUAACGAAACAAAAGAAGGGAGAGCCAGUGACUCACAAAAUCAAAACUAUCAAACGUCUCAUCAGGAAGACUGUCCAAAGAAAGCUGAAGUUAAAACGCAAGAUAAUCCACAAAAUCUCACAUCGGGUACAUUUGAUGAAGGUCAUUGAACAGCAGAGGAAGAAACUACAAAAGAAAACAAAGCAAAUCAAGAAACUAAGGAUAGUCCUAAAGACAAAGAAAAUAACACACAGAGUCACGAAGGUUCACCAAAAGAAAAGAAUACAACCAAUCUUGAAACAGGUGAACAAAUGUAAGGCAGAACUGAGUAGGAAAGUGGGGUUGAUAAAGACAAUGAAAACAAAGAAAGUCCUUAAAGUUUCACAUCAGAGACAUUUGAUGAAAGUUAUCAAGCACCUGAAGAGGAAACUACAGAAACACACACUGGUCCACCAUAUUUCAAAGAAGGUUUCUCAUUUGAAGGCAGUUGUCAGGCAUCUUAUAACGAAACAAAAGAAGGGAGAGCCAGUGACUCACAAAAUCAAGACUAUCAAACGUCUCAUCAGGAAGACUGUCCAAAGAAAGCUGAAGUUAAAACACAAGAUAAUCCACAAAAUUUCACAUCCGAUACACUUGAUUAAAGUUAUCAAGCACCUGAAGAGGAAACUACAGAAACACACACUGGUCCACCAUAUUUCAAAGAAGGUUUCUCAUUUGAAGGCAGUUGUCAGGCAUCUUAUAACGAAACAAAAGAAGGGAAAGCCAGUUACUCACAAACUCAAGAUGAUCAAACGUCUCAUCAGGAAGACUGUCCAGAGAAAGCUGCAGUUAAAACGCAAGAUAAUCCACAAAAUCUCACAUCGGGUACAUUUGAUGAAGGUCAUCGAACAGCUGAGGAAAAAACUGCACAAGAAAACGAAGCAAAUUAAGAAACUUAGAUUUGUCAAAAAGACAAAGAAAAUAACACACAGAAUUACAAAGGUUCACAAGAAGAAAAGAAUACAACCAGUCUUGGAACAGGUGAACAAAUGUAAGGCAGAACUGAGAAGGAAAGUGGGGUUGAUAAAGACAAUGAAAAUAAAGAAAGUCCUUAAAGUUUCACAUCAGAGACAUUUGAUGAAAGUUAUCAAGCACCUGAAGAGGAAACUACAGAAACACACACUGGUCCACCAUAUUUCAAAGAAGGUUUCUUAUUUGAAGGCAGUUGUCAGGCAUCUUAUAACGAAACAAAAGAAAGGGAAGCCAGUUACUCACAAAAUCAAGACGAUCAAACGUCUCAUAAGGAAGACUGUCCAGAGAAAGCUGAGGUUAAAACGAAAGAUAAUCCACAAAAUUUCACAUCGGGUAAAUUUGAUGAAGGUCAUCGAACAGCAAAGGAAGAAACUGCACAAGAAAACGAAGCAAAUCAAGAGACUUAGGUUAGUCCUAAAGUCAAAGAAAAUAACAUCCAGAGUCACGAAGGUUCACCAGAAGAAAAGAAUAAAACCAAUCUUGAAACAGGUGAACAAAUGUAAGGCUGAUCUGAGAAGGAAAGUGAGGUUGAUAAAGACAAUGAAAACAAAGAAAGUCCUUAAAAUUUCACAUCAGAGACAUUUGAUGAAAGUUAUCAAGCACCUGAAGAGGAAACUACAGAAACACACACUGGUCCACCAUAUUUCAAAGAAGGUUUCUCAUUUGAAGGCAGUUGUCGGGCAUCUUAUAAUGAAACAAAAGAAAGGGAAGCCAGUUACUCACCAAAUCAAGAUGAUCAAACGUCUCAUAAGGAAGACUGUCCAGAGAAAGCUGAAGUUAAAACGAAAGAUAAUCCACAAAAUUUCACAUCGGGUAAAUUUGAUGAAGGUUAUCAAACAGCUGAGGAAGAAACUGCACAAGAAAACGAAGCAAAUCAAGAAAUUAAGAUUAGUCAGAAAAACAAAGAAAAUAACACACGGAAUAACACAGGUUCACAACAAGAAAAGAAUGCAACCAAUCUUGAAACAGGUGAACAAAUGUAAGGCAGAACUGAGAAGGAAGGUGAGGUUGAUAAAGACAAUGAAAACAAAGAAAGUCCUCAAAGUUUCACAUCAGAGACAUCUGAUGAAAGUUAUCAAGCACCUGGAGAGGAAACUACAGAAACACACACUGGUCCACCAUAUUUCAAAGAAGGUUUCUCAUUUGAAGGCAGUUGUCAGGCAUCUUAUAACGAAACAAAAGAAAGGGAAGCCAGUUACUCACAAAAUCAAGACGAUCAAACGUCUCAUAAGGAAGACUGUCCAGAGAAAGCUGAAGUUAAAACGCAAGAUAAUUCACAAAAUUUCACAUCGGGUACAUUUGAUGAAGGUCAUCGAACAGCAAAGGAAGAAACUGCACAAGAAAACGACGCAAAUUAAGAAACUUAGGUUAGUCCUAAAGUCAAAGAAAAUAACAUCCAGAGUCACGAAGGUUCACCAGAAGAAAAGAAUACAACCAAUCUUGAAACAGGUGAACAAAUGUAAGGCAGAACUGAGAAGGAAAGUGAGGUUGAUAAAGACAAUUAAAACAAAGAAAGUCCUUAAAGUUUCACAUCGGACACACUUGAUGAAAGUUAUCAAGCACCUGAAGAGGAAAAUACAGAAACACACACUGGUCCACCAUAUUUCAAAGAAGGUUUCUCAUUUGAAGGCAGUUGUCAGGCAUCUUAUAACGAAACAAAAGAAAGGGAAGCCAGUUACUCUCCAAAUCAAGAGGAUCAAACGUCUCAUAAGGAAGAAUGUCCAGAGAAAACUGAAGUUAAAACGAAAGAUAAUCCACAAAAUCUCACAGCGCGUACAAUUGAUGAAGGUCAACGAACAGCUGAGGAAAAAACUGCACAAGAAAACGAAGCAAAUCGAGAAACUUAGAUUAGUCAGAAAGACAAAGAAAAUAACACACAGAAUUACCAAGGUUCACGAGAAGAAAAGAAUGCAACCAAUCUUGAAACAGGUGAACAAAUGUAAGGCAGAACUGAGAAGGAAAGUGAGGUUGAUAAAGACAAUUAAAACAAAGAAAGUCCUUAAAGUUUCACGUCAGAGACAUUUGAUGAAAGUUAUCAAGCACCUGAAGAGGAAACUACAGAAGCACACAGUGGUCCACCAUAUUUCAAAGAAGGUUUCUCAUUUGAAGGCAGUUGUCAAACGUCUCAGAAAGGAGCUACAACUGGUUCGACUUUCAAGGAAUCUUCAGGUCGCUGAGAAGAAGAGGAGACCUGUCAUGAAAAUAAUCCAGAAGCUGAAGCGCCGCAGGUUAAAAAUGCCAUUCAAGAGACUUGAACUCAGGAAGAUUCAGCUGUUGAAGAAAUUGAAAAUUGCCAGGAAGGAGAAGAAACCGACUCAUCAAAUAUUUAAAAAGCUGAAAUAUACAAGGAGAAAAACGUCUGUGCUCCAGGACAAACGAGUUAAAGCAUUACAAAUUCUUAAUCAAACAAUGACCAAGGAAAUUGAAGAAUUGAAGGAGAAAAUAAGGCUCUGUAAGACACAGAAAUUGGUCCAGGUGAGGACUCCAACAAGUCGGAUGACAAAGAAGCUCAAGCAUCUUAAGAUGAAGAGAAUCCAUGAACGGCUUGUAAGGCAGAAACUGAAAUUAAAGAGGAUGCGUUUAUUGAAAAAAUUGAAACUGGCUAGGACGAUGAAGAAACCCACAACAUUGAUCAUCAGGAAGUUAAAGCAUCUAAAGUUGAAGACAACACAAAGAACUAUUCGAAGGAGACUGACUCUGAAGCAAAGGAAGACACUGACGACAAAGCUACUCAAGAAACUUCGACUUGCUAAACGUGAAAAGAGACCAACCACUAAGAUUGUUAGACAGCUUGAACAAUUAGCAAUGAUGAAAGAGAAGAAACGCUACCUGUCUGUAAGACAGAGGGUGGAAGGCAAAGAGUUACAAAAACCUGAGGAGAGAGAAGAACCUGAAGAAAGGGAAAACCAUAGAGAGGUGGAAACCCCGGAAGAACUCACUCGGGGACAAAUAGAAGGCAAAGAGCUGAAAAGGAAGCCAGUGAAACACAAGGAAGGACUUGAGUUCCAGAGGCCAAUCGUGAGACAGGAGGCACUGGGGAUACGACGAAAUCUGCUCUACAUGACUCGAUAUAGAACCAGGAAAGAGGUUGUGGUUUACGAAAUAUCAUACAGUUGCAAUCAUGGUUUCAGAUUACGCACCAUAAGCAGUGAUAAGGUGAUAUGUUAUAAGGUUAUUCAGAAGUGCCAAGAAGGGUACAAGUUGAUUAAGAAGCCUGGGGAGAAAGUGCUUUGCCACAAGAAGAUACCGAGAUGUUCGAAGGAAUAUAAAUUGCGAAGAUUACAGGAAGGGGUAAGCACAUGUUACAGAAAACACCCCUCUUGUCCGCCCGGCUAUGAAUUCAAACAUACACCUAGUAUGACAGCAGAUUGCUUGAAGACAAUCAGAACGUGCAAGGGUGGUUUUAUAAAGAGGAAAAGAGGAGAAGAGACCGUGUGUGUCAAGAAGACUCCGAGAUGCAAGUCUGGUUACAAACUGAUGAAUAAGUUGAUUGGUCAAGCCAGGUGUCAUAGAAGGGUACCUAAAUGCCCGCAGAAAUACGAGCUCAAGAAAACCAAAGAAAAUACCUUUGAAUGCAUCCACGAUGUUCCGAUCUGUGACGAUGGAUUUACGUUAAAGAAACAAGGAGAGGUGCCAGUCUGCACAAAGAGAGUAACAAAACUUUCCUGUGAAAAAGACUACGAACUGAAAAAGAAGGACGGAAAGAAGCAGUGUGUAAAAGUAGAGUACAAAUGUCUGCCAGGCUUCACUCUGAAACAGGAACCGGGCAAAGAAGUUAUCUGUGAAAAGAUGGUGACAGAAGAACCAGAAGAAUCGCGACAUGGACUUAAAAUGCCAAAGAAACUGGUCCCAAAGACUGUAAAUGAAACCAUACCUGCAAUCCCAAGAGAACUCAACGAAGUACGAGAAUAUACUACCAUUGUGAAGGAAAUCAUUAAGUUACCCAGGCACGUUGUCUUGAGAGAGAAGCCUCAGGAGACUGAUGAAUUCGUUCAGCCUUUGGAGAAGGAGGUGACAACGGAACCAAAGGAGGUUGUGCUGAAGCGUAGGCCUGUUGAAGCUGCUGAUGAAGUGAAUCCAGUGAUUGAGGACCGUACAGAGACACCUGAGGCAAAGGAGGUGACAGUUGGGCCGAACAUUCUUCGGAAGCAAGUGGCCGGACGAACACGGAUUGUGACGUCUGGACAUUCUCCGCUGACGACUGUGAAGUCGAUGGAAAGAUUCAGAAAAGUUGCUGAAUGUGAUGAAGGAUAUAGCGUCAUCAAACAAGGAGACAGGAAAGAAUGCGUCCGAUGCCCUGAAGGCUUUAACAUCCAGCACAAGAAAGGAUACAUCGCCUGCUUCAAAACUAUUCUAAAGUGUAUGGAAGGCUAUAAACCAACAUGGAAAUAUGGAAAAGGACUUUGCGUGAUGAAAAUUCCGGAAUGUUCUAAGGGCUUCGAACUGACACAAGAAGGAGGGUUAGCGUUGUGCGUGAAGAGGGCCCCUCCAGAGUGCAAAGACCCGAGGAACAGUGACCCAGCCUGCUCGAAGACUGUCCGCUCAUGCCCCAGCGAUUAUCAACUCAGUGGAAAAGAAGACUUGAUGGUGUGCGUUAAGAGGCGCCUCAUGUGUUUGAAAGGAUAUAAGAUUAAAAAGAAGGCCUCAGGAGCCAACUGCGUGAAGAAUAUCCCCACUUGUGACCAUGGAUUUAGUUUGGUGAAGAGACAGGGUGUGCCAGUUUGCGCCAAGAACUCAGCGACUUGUUCGGACGGGUACGAACUACGAAACACUGGACCAAAACCGGAGUGUGCAAAGAAGGUCUACACGUGUGAAGAAGGCUGUGACCUCAGAGAACGGGGAGGAAAGAUGACAUGCAUAAUGCGCAAGACAGAAAUGCAAGGCGAACCGAAAGAAGUCCCAGCUUCCGUGGUUGAAGUCACCAUCCAACCCGAAGAAAAGAUGUCUUUUGCCGACCCUCGUAGUAUCGAAAUUGACACCAGGCCUGUGAUGAUCGAUGUGGACAGAGUUCCAGCGACUGUUAGGACCAUCUUUGUCAAGGACGAAAUACGUAAACCAACGUUCAUCGAAAUAAAGGUUGAACCCUUGACCCACACCGUGACAAUGCCAGUAGAAAUAAAUCCUGUGCGGAAACUAAAAACUGAGCCGAAAUUGAUCUUUGAAAGGAUGGCGCCAAAGCUGUACGCUACAAUGUAUCCGUUCUUCCAUCCAAUAACAAAGACUGGAGCCCCUGCACCUCUCCAUAUCGUAUUUGUAAUUGAUAACUCCAAGGAUAUCAGACGGAAAGAGUUUUGUUAUAUUCGUCGAUUCCUUCACGGGUUGAUCACUACGCCACGUCUGGAUUGGAAGAUCACGAAAAUAAGCGUUAUUACAAACAGUAACACACCUGAAGUGGUAUUCGGUCUGUCGCCGAGGAGACGCAUCAGGCGCCUACUCUCGAGGCUGAGGCAUGCUGGAGGUGUCGCAAACAUGGCUGGAGCUUUAGAGGUAGCUUCCGAAAUGUUUGAUAACAAUCCCAGUAAGACAGCUAGGAACGUGGCCAUCGUCUUGAGUGCAAAUUCCCCAUCGUUGCGACAGGUAUCAACAAGACUUUGGGACGACCUUAUUGAGAAGGGUGUGGCCACUCUCACAAUCUCCGCAGGCAAGGGUCCAUAUCCAACAUUCUACCACCACUUAAAACGAAGCAAGUUGUCCAGUGCUAUGCUUCUUCAAUCCUUCAAAAUACUACCAUCAUUCAAUUGGCACUUGCACAGAAGUGACCAGUUGAGAGUGUGGAAGACUGUGAACGUAUCGUCCAAGGACCACACGAAGCUCAGGUCAUUCGUGACUGCGUUCACGUGCAGGCCGCGAUACAGCUUAAGAUACGGAAAAGGGAAAGGCCCAAUUUGCUUCAGGAAGGUCAAAAAGCUUCUUAGAUGUCCUAGAGGAUACGAAAUCACUAGUGGGAAGACUGCGAAGUGUCUAAGGAAGGUGAAAAAAUGUCCUGGCGGGUUCAGUCUGCAGCUGAACGGAAAGCAGUCCCUCUGCGUAAAGAAAACUUCUUCUUGUUCGGAGAAGUACCAACUGGUACCACUGAAGGGAGGGGACUUAGUUUGUGUGGAACAGGUCCAUAAGUGCGACCAGGGCUACAUGCUUCGACUGACUGAAGACAAGAAGACGGAGUGUCUAAAGACGAUUAACGCUUGUAACCCCGGUUUCAAUUUGGAAGAGCGUCCUGGAAAGAAGCCUGUCUGCGUCAAGCAGUUAACAAUUCGCAAAUGUGAUUUGGGUUAUAAGCUGAAACAGCAUGAUGAAGUCUUUGUAUGCAUCAGGGUAACAACUGAGCAUUCCAGGCCGGUAGACUCGCAAGGUUUGAUCAAAGAAGUACUACCAGAAACGAAGGGCGUCACUAUUGUAGAAAAGCACAUAAAACGGCCAGCGGACGAGAGAGAAUUCGCACGAGGGCCGAGAGAUGCAGUGGAAAUCAUCAAACCGAAAGUAAAUAUGGAAGUUAAGGAGCCACGAGAGGUGACGAUGACGAAGGAGCCAGUAGAGGUGAAGAAGAGAGACAAGAUUGCAAGCAAAGACCACCGUAGUCUGGAGCGUGUCGUUGAGGAAACAGCUGGAGUGACCGUCAUUAGGAGACCAGUCGUGAGUAGGACAAAGGUGUUCCGGGACGAAGGCCCGCCGAUUGAAGUAGUGUCUUUAGGCAAACGGAUGCAAGUCCGGCCAAAGACAGGGGAGAUCAGUCAGUGUCCGGAUGGAUACGAAGUCAAGUCUAACCAGAACGGGAAAACGGUGAAAUGUGUACGACAGUGUACAAAGCCUACUUGUUAUAGGACGGUCCAUGAAUGCCAUGAUGGCUACACUUUUGAUACAGCGAGAGGUAUCUGCAUACGAAGUAAGCUGAAGUGCACUAAUGGGUACAAGUUGAAGACCAAUGGUGAUAAAACAGUAUGCAUGAAGGAGGUCCCAAACUGUGACGAUGGGUACGUGCUCGACAAGAGUCAAGAGAAACCAACCUGUAUCAAGAACAUGCCUAGCUACUGCAGGAAUGAUUACGAACUCCAAGUGAGGGGAUCAGAGAAGCAAUGUAUCAAGAAGGUCUACUUGUGUGGCGAUGGCUUCAAACUGAAAACCAAGGAAGGAAAGAAGAUCUGCUCCAUGCAAAGGCAGGUGCUGACGUGUGGCAACGGCUAUGAACUCAAAAGGGAGACCGGAGAGAAACCACAUUGCGCGAAGGCGUCUAGAUCAGGAAAGGGAGAGGCAGUGAUAGAACCGACACUUGAAACCGUUGAAAAGUACAAGGAGCCUUCAGUCACAGAGGUAACGAUUCAACCAGAGGAGAGAACAUUGCAAACCACGCCACGUAACAUAGACGUUGAAACAGUCCCAUUCCAGAUCAUAUUGGACAGCGCACCGGCAAAAGUGGAAAAGGUCCGCACCGAUGUGGAGACAGUGCAGCCGAGAGAAGUGGCUGUCGACAUGAAACUUAUCAACGAAACUGCCGAAGAGGGCGUCGAAAUGAAACAUGGCAAUGCAGAGGAGACCAAGUUCAAUACGCCUUCUGCCCUUACGCAUCUGUUCGGAGAGAUACCCAUGGACCGACAGCGCAACCGUAUUUUGGACAUGUCUCUGCAAGAUUUCCUGAAGAAAUUCGGUGAGGGCAAGAAGCAGAAAGUUGAGUUUGCGGGCGGACAGGGCCCAUACCAUUGGAGUCCUUUAGAACUGCAUCGGCCGCGUUCUGAAGGCUAUGCAGGACACGAGGAGACGCACCAUACCGGGCCUUGGUAUCUAUUUUCGACAGCUGCCGAUUAUGAGCAGGACGUCAUCAAUAAAGAUGCGAAGAAACUCUACGAUGAAGUUAUAAAUCCGUAAAAAGAGAAUACAUUUACAUACUUUUAAAUAUGUCAGGAGCCAGAAUGCGUAAUCGAUUCAGACACGCCGCUGGGUUGCAUGUUUUGAAAAUCGUCUCGUCGCUGUGCCAGUAGGAUGUUACUGCGAGUUAUACGCAUUAAACGACUUCCCUCAACAUUAGUGAUGUAACUGUAUUUUACAUCCAAGAAUAAACUGGAGUGAAGUUAUUCCUGGAAAAGUCAUGAGCGAUUUUGCGAGGCUCUUGACAGAUUGAUCAGUUAAUUCGUCUUUAGGGACAGAAGAACAACGUCACAGACAAUUAGGUAUUCGGGAUUGAUACAAGUACGGUGAAUUCGGCUGUGUCUCGUAUAAAAUUCCAGGCCAGAAACGACAUUAGAAUCUUUACAACCAUUUCCGAACAACAGUCCUUUGAAUCAGUAAAGUUGGCCACAUUCUGCGUGCAAUUUCGUCUCUUCGGGAGAAUGCGCUCUAGCUUUCGAACAUUUUUUUUCUGAUGCCGUACGGGGCAGAGCCGAAUAAACCGUAUUUUAAAAUCGAACGAUGUCUUUUCUAAUACAUCUGAUGUCCAAUCUCUAUGUCAGUAUGUUCAAGUUACAUUCAUUACCAGACAUGAUGAUGGAUAAAGGAAAAAGUAGAUGGACCAAAUGAGAAAAACACUUUUUGGAGAUCUUUGUAAAUAUCAGCAUUCGUGACGUGUGGAUCUUCUGAUUUUUUUUCAGUCAUUACUAAUAUAACUAAAAUUAUAACCAGUACUUAUGGGAUUAGGGUGUUUUAAAAAAAAUAUUAUGGAACUGUUUGGUUGAGGAUAGUGAGUAUUGUGAUAAAUAUUAUUGUGAUAAAACAGAUCAGUCAAUGUUCAUAAGGGAUUGUACACAAAAAAGCUAAAUUUCAGAAAACAUCUAAAAUUUAUCAGACCCCUCCCAUUCUCCGAAUAAAGAGUUAAGGACACAUAUCACGGACGUCCAUGCACAUAGUCGACUGUAGGUUAAUCACAUUGUAAAAAGAAUCAAAAAUUUUCAAUUUGCUUCAUCUUCACCCUCAGCUCCGCUCCCUUUAAUUUCAGACUUUUUAAAAAGUUUAACGUCAAGGUGGGUCUUUUUGCACACGAUCCCUAACGAAGGACUACUGUUAUUUGUGAAUAUUGCUAAGGUUUGGGUGAAAUGCUUCGUUUUGCUAAGGAAGUUAACUUCCUUCUUUCGGUUUUGGUUGUGGGCUUUUUAUCACAUAGACGACUUGAUGACUGUAAAAUGGGCGAGGUAUUUUAGAUUUCUCUGUAUGCCGCUAUGUUAUUGGUGAAUUCAAAUUGUAAAAUUUACCAGUCGUGGGCUUUGAAGCACUGACCAAUUAAACUAAAUAUGAAAACAA